UAGAGCCUGGUCUCGUGUAAGGCCUUUUCUCAAUCGCGCAGCCAUGAGUACCCUACGCCUGCAAAAGCGGCUUGCUUCCAGUGUCUUGAAAUGUGGCAAGAAGAAGAUCUGGCUUGAUCCAAAUGAAACAAAUGAAAUUGGAAAUGCUAACUCAAGACAAAACAUUCGUAAGCUUGUAAAAGAUGGUCUUAUUAUCAAAAAGCCACAAGUUGUUCACAGUAGAGCAAGAACAAGAAAGCUCCUAGAAGCAAAAAGGAAAGGUAGACACAGUGGAUAUGGUAAAAGGCAUGGUACAAAAAAUGCACGUUAUCCAGAAAAGGUUAUCUGGAUGCACAGAAUGAGAGUACUAAGAAGGCUUCUCAGGAAGUACAGGGAGUCAAAGAAGAUUGACAAGCAUUUGUACCACGAGCUCUACAUGAAAGUCAAGGGUAAUGUUUUCAAGAACAAGAGAGUUUUAAUGGAAUAUAUCCACAAGAAGAAGGCAGAAAAGGCCAGAGCUAAGCUUCUUAGUGAUCAAGCCGAGGCCCGUCGCGCCAAGGUCAAGGCAGCCAGGCAGCGUCGUGAGGAACGCCAGGCACAAAAGAAGAUUGACUUGCUGUCUGCUUAUGCUGCAGAGGAAGAACAACAACAACAAUCAAAAUAACUUUCUUACCUUGGUUUAUGUAAUAAAUUCUCAUAAAUCAUUGUCCCCCGAAUAAAAUUAUUAUCUCUCACUUGA